CUUCUGCAGUGCAAGGGAUCGGUACCACUGGGAACCCCAAUUGGAAGCUUCCCGGCGUGUCUGUACGGCUUGGAUGCACGAGCGGGUGAGAAAACGUGUUGGAUUUAGUCGUUCUGCAGCUUACUCGGCGUUCCCCUUUUUGGGGUGCGGAAAUACAACUCCUAAGCCGUUAGAUGGAGCCACUGCUCCAUCGCGUGGUUUGGACCGUGACGGCCAGGUUGCCGCUAUCAUCGCUUCUCCAAUAACCCUGACUGCCCCAUCGUCAUGUACUAUCCCUGGUCAUAUUGAAGAGAUGGGGUUUUAUAACGUUAGCAGCUUCAGCGGUUUCUGUCAGUUAUCGUCGCCGAGUUUCUCAGAUCCUUCGCUGCGCUUCCAUCAAUAACACUUCGGGAAAUCCCUUCUCUACGCUAGCUCACGAAUCAGCAAAAGCCGGCAGACCAUGUCGGCUACUCCCUCAACGCCUGGUGAACCGGGUAUACUCCAACAACAACAGGCCCCCACCCAGCAAUUAAACCGAUCCUGUGAAUCUUGUCGAGGUCUGAAGGUCCGCUGCCUUCCUGACCCCAAAUCUCCUAAUCAGUGUCAGCGAUGUGCGAAGGCCAAGAGAACUUGCGUAUUCGUGGCACCCCAACGAAGACGACCACGUAAGCGAACCGAUUCGCGGGUGGCUCAGUUGGAGAGGGAGAUGCGACAGAUGCGUUCCCUUCUCAAGGACCGCUUCCGGAUCGAUGAAGAAAGUAGCUCGGAAAGCUCUGGUAGCGAAGUCGAGGACUCAGAGGAACCUGACUUCGGGGCUGAUCCCCAAGAAACCUUAUCCACUGUACCGGAUGCCCCGAGCAGUGCCUCGGGAUCCUUCAGAAACAUGGAGUUCUCGCCCCGCGUUCCAGCAUCUUCUUCGUACCCAAACACCCUGAACAGUGGUUCUGAUGCAUUCGCGUCUGCCACGCCUAUCCCGCCCUGUUAUGGCCUUGAAGAACCCUCAUGCGGCGACAUUAUCGACCGGGGGUUACUCUCGCUAGAAUUUGCCAAUGAGUUGGUGUCCUUUUAUAUCACAGAGCUAACCGCUUUUGCCCCCAUGGUUUUGCUCCCGUCGAAUACCACAGCCUCACAACUGCGUCGCUCGAAGCCCAUGCUUUUUCUCUCCGUGAUUGCCGCCGCUGCGAUUGCUGUAGAUGAUAGUUUGGCUGUCGUGCUCAACCGCGAAUUGGUCCGACUCUACGCAGAACGGUUUUUCAUUAAUGGGGAUAAGUCGUUCGAGUUGGUUCAGGCGUUGCUCCUGAUGAUCGUCUUUUACUACCCACCAGAAUCUCCGUUGAAACUGCAAAAUUAUCAGUAUACCCAUAUCGCCGCCACUAUGGCCCUGGAGAUCGGGUUGGCCUCAAAACGUAAGGUACCGAAUAAUGCAAGUCGCAAAGCGAGCAAGCGUGGUGCGUAUGAUGAACACAUGGCGGAACAGGCCAGAGCAAUUCUGGGGUGUUAUCAUUUGGCUUCCAACGUUGCCAUGAAAACGCGCCGGCCCAACUUGCUUCUCUUCAACGACUGGAUGCACGAAUGUGUAAAACAUCUGGAGCGCUCACCCAAUAUGAUAGAUCGACACAUGGCUACCUGGUUCGAAUUGCAGAAGAUCGUUGACCAAGCUAUGGCUUCCUUCGGUCUUGAUGAUACCAGCUCAACGACCCCGCUGACAGAAUCGCGAGUCCAGGUCAUACUGAGGUGGUUCGACAACCAAAUGCAGAAUUGGAAAAAGAACGUUUCUGCGGACAUGCUCACCGUGACUAUGACUUUCGAAUACCAUUUCACCAACCUCGCUAUUUACGAGCUCGGCGUCGGCGAAGGUUAUCGAGACCCCGAUGCGAUCAAGCAACAAUAUUAUGCACUCCCAGCACCGGAAGAUGGCAACCUGCCGUCAAAAACCCCUCUGAGUGCUAUUCGCGUAGACAUCACAAUCAAAUGGAUGAAUGCAGCUCAAGAGAUGCUCGACUUCUUCCUAAGUUGUGACACGGACCUGAUGCGGAAACUUCCCAAUCUCAUUUACACACGAGUCGGUGUAGCAGUCAUGUCCCUCCUGAAGGUUUACUUCUCGGUCAAGUCUGGAGGCCUGGGCGAAUUCGUGAGCCCUCAGUCCAUCAACAUUGAGAUGUACUUAGAGGCCAUGACGCGAAGGCUAACCGAGGCAAGCGGAAAUAUGAAGUAUAAGGUCCCAAGCCGGUGGCUAUAUAUUGUCGGGGUGAAGGCUCGAAAUUGGUACGAUCGGUUUCAGCAGCGACAGAUGCAGACUGAAAUCGGCCUCGCUCCACCGCCGAGUGGGAGUCCACAGCGCUCUGCGAGCCCGGCACCUAUGCAAGCUGCACAGUUCAGCUCGGCCGAUUCAUCGCAACCGGUAGGAACCCUUGCAAUGAAUGCCGAAGUGCCACAGAUCGCAGUUAUGCAUCCUAUGGAUGGGGUUUAUGGAGCAUCAGCGGCCACAAACUCGAUCUGGCCGCCUGAUCAAGCUAAUCAGCAAGUUUUUCUCAUGAAUCAAUAUGCCGGCUACCAAUCGCCUGCGAUACCAGCCCAGUACCCAUACGGGGAAUUUUCACAGCAAGGUGUUGCGAUGAACCCCGCGCAUCAAAGUCAGCCACAUGUUCCUCCUCGAACAGGAAUGGAGCUUGAUGGCUGGCUUCCCGAUGGAAGUAUCUGCGGGAUGCCCCCGUUGCCGGGGAUGUAGACGGGUCCAAAUUCAGUUAAGAUGAUUUGGAAGGAGUUGGUUUGGUGUACAUUUUUUUUUCCCAGGAAGGCGCCAUGGGGUUUUUCCGAGUGCCCAAGCGUUCAGUGUUCAUAGUUGCUUCUCUCUGCAUAUCGUGGAAUAGGUCAUUCCGGACAAUGACCAGCACCGCUGAAAGAGGGCUGGCUCCAAGAUUAGAUAGAAA